CAUACAAAAUUCAAAUGUGGAGGAGUUUCAUUGGGCCUAAGUUGGGCCCAUGUACUUGGAGACGUAUUCUCAGCCACUGAAUUUAUUAACUUUUUGGGAAAAGUAGUUGUUGGGUACAAACCAGCCCGGCCCAUUAACUUGGCCAAUUCAUUGACCAAAGCAAACUCAACCCAAACCCUGCAAAAGAUUGUGGAGGAUCCACUUUCAGUAAAACGGGUCGGGCCAGUUGAAGAUCAUUGGAUUGCUAACAAUAGUUGCAAAAUGGAGUCGUUUUCAAUCCAUGUUACUGCCUCCAAAUUGGGCCAACUACAAUCAAGAACAGAAAUUCAAGGCCCAUUUGAAUCACUAUGUGCUAUUAUUUGGAAGUCCAUUUCUAAAAUUAGAGAUGGGCCUGAGCCCAAAAUUGUGACCAUUUGUAAAAAGAGUGAGGAAAAGAAAGAAGGCCUUGUUGGGAACAAUCAAGUCAUUGGUGUUGUAAAAGUGGAUCACUCAAUUAGAGAAGCUAAUCCUAGUGAUUUAGCAAGGUUAAUUAAAAAGGAGAUCAUCGACGAGCGAUUAAAGAUCGAUGAAGCCAUCGAGAAUGAUCAUGGAGUAUCGGAUGUGGUUGUUUACGGAGCAAAUUUGACUUUCGUGAACAUGGAAGGUGCUGAUCUCUAUGGAUUCGACUGGAAGGGACACAAACCGACGAAUGUAAGUUACUUUAUCGAUGGAGUUGGCGAUGCAGGGACCAUCGUGGUGCUUCCGACCGGGCCAAAUGAUUCUAGCAAGGAUGGUGAUGAAGGAAGGAUUGUGACCAUGACUUUGCCUGAGGAUGAGAUAAUGAAGUUGAAAUUUGAGCUAAACAAGGAAUGGUCUAUUGCUUGAAGUUAGAUAUAUUUGUUUCAUAUUUGUUCAAUUAUUUAAUUUGGUGUGAGGUCCUCCAAGCCUUUGUAUUUAAUAACUGCUCUAUAUAAUGCUGUUUAGAGAUUAGCUGGUAUUUAUUUUCUCCUGAAACUUUAAAUUAAAAAGCGUAACUUUAGGACAAUUCAUGA